AUGGGAAAGGGGAUCGGAUUGGUGACUUGGGUCGUCGAAGCGGAAAACCACGAUGCUCUGUCGCCACUCGGGUGUGUUGGCGAAUUGCUCCUCGAAGGGCCACUCGUCGGUCAGGGCUAUCUCGACGACCCGGAAAGGACUGCAGCGGCAUUCAUCAGGGACCCUGUUUGGCUGCUUCAAGGCCCACCAGGCCAACCGGGCCGGCACGGGCGGCUCUAUAAGACGGGUGAUUUGGUACGGUAUAACGAGGAUGGAACUCUGACCUUUUUCGGCCGGAAGGACGCGCAAGUCAAGAUCCGGGGCCAGCGUGUGGAGCUUGGAGAAAUUGAACACGCCCUCCGCAGUCACCAAAGUGUGGAUGACGCCGUUGCCGUGUUACAGCAUGACGACAGGCAAGAGACGUGGAUUGCCAGCUUUGUCACGGUCCGCAACGACGACACCGCGCUCGAGGAAAGACCGGCCAAUGGUGAAGAAGAGCAACACAUUGAAGAAUGGGAAAAGCAAUUCGAUGAAGACUACAUCUCUUUCGACAGCAUGCAGCCCGAAGUGAUCGGCAGAGACUUCAUGGGGUGGACUUCCAUGUAUGAUGGAAGCGACAUCAACAAGAUAGAAAUGACUGAGUGGCUGGACGACACGAUCGAGACGAUGCUCAACGGCAGCCAGCCAGGACACGUUCUCGAAAUAGGAACGGGAUCUGGAAUGAUCCUCUUCAACUUGGCGCGGGGACUACGAAGUUACGUCGGUCUUGAGCCAUCUGGACGGGCAGUUAAUUUCAUCACCAAGGUAGCCAGGUCCGUUCCCGCGCUCGCAGACAAAGUAACGAUGUUCAAGGCCACGGCGGCAGACCUUUGUCGAGUCAGGGCUGCUACUUCCCCUGAGCUUGUCGUUCUGAAUUCGGUGGUCCAAUACUUUCCCUCUCAAGACUACCUUUUCAAUGUUGUGCAGGAACUUGUCCAACUAGAAGGCGUCCAAACGCUCUUCCUUGGCGACAUUCGAUCCUUGGCGCUAUUUCAAGAGUUUCUGGUUGCGAGAGCAUUACACAUUGCUGGGGAUAGGGCAAGCAAGGAUGAAAUUCGAAGGAUAAUGACUGAUCUGGAGCGAGCCGAGUCGGAGUUACUCGUUGAUCCAGCCUUCUUCACCGCCCUGCCGAGUCAGCUACCUCAGAUUGAGCAUGUCGAGAUUUUACCCAAGAAGAUGCAAGCUACGAAUGAACUGAGCGCUUUUCGCUAUGCAGCUGUCGUCCACGUCAAGGACCAGGGCCAGCCGCAGCAUCAAAUUCGCGAGAUUAGCCAGAAGGAGUGGAUUGACUUCAAAGAACAAGGGCUCAAUCGCCAGUCACUCUUGGAGCUCAUACGACGCAACCCUGCCUCAUCAACCGUCGCCGUAAACAACAUUCCCCACAGCAAAUCCAUCUUCGAGAGGCACGUCAUUCGCUCCCUCAACAACCAAGGAGGCGAAAUGCUCAACGAUGGCAACUGGCUAAUGUCCGCUCACCAAGAAGCUCAGCAAAAUCCUUCGCUAUCCGCAGUCGACUUGGUCGAGUUGGCUACACAGGUAGGCUACCGCGUAGAAAUCAGCUGGGCUCAGCAAUCUUCGCAAAGCGGUGGCCUGGAUGCCAUAUUCCACCGCGUUCAACCUACCGAUGGCUCGAAAAGGGUCAUGUUUCGAUUCCCUAACGACCAUCAGGAUCGAUCGUCUCACUCGCUCUGCAGUGAGCCUCUGCGGCAGCAGCUGAGGCAAAAGAUGCAAGACCAGCUCCAUGAGAUGCUGCGGUCCAGAUUACCUUCUUACAUGGUUCCUCGGGGUGUCACAAUCCUGGAUAAGAUGCCUCUCAAUGGCAAUGGCAAGCUUGAUCGUCGAGCUCUUGCGAAAACUCCCCAAAUCCGAACCGCGGGACGAGAGCCUGUUCGACAACCAACAUCAGAAGCACAGACGGUGUCAGAGACCGAGCGCCAGAUACGGGAGAUCUGGGGACGGGUUCUCAACAUUGAGCCUGCGAGAAUCGGGCAGAAAGAUAGUUUCUUUCACCUUGGGGGCAACUCAAUUGCCGUGAUGAAAGUUGUGGCUGAGGCUCGUAGGGCUGGCCUUGAGCUCACGGUGGCAAAUAUCUUCUGCCACCCAGAGCUUCACGACGUGGUUCGCCUGACGCGUGACUCUUGCACCGUGGUUCAGCCACAUCACGCUAAGUAA